UCUCCCAUUUACCUACUAACUUCAGAGAAAAAGAAAACGCCGUCGUAUCAUCUUGACCUUCUCGUUGCUAGGAAGCAUCGACGGUCACGGCACCCUUCUGUUUGGUGGUUAAGCCAAAAAGCUACAGUUCCACUUCUCUUACCCUUUCACUAUCUCGACCAGUCCGCCUAACUUCGCCAUUUAUACAUCCAUAAAAAUAUCAUCUUUCUUUCACAAUCUUCAAUUCUAUCGCCAACCCAUUCUCUCUUUUCCUCUUUAGAUCAAAACCCGUAUUUUCUUUUCUGAAAUGGAGGCCUCUGUAGCUCUAUCAAGAAUUGGCCUUGCUGGUUUAGCUGUGAUGGGUCAAAAUCUUGCUUUAAACAUUGCAGAGAAAGGGUUUCCAAUCUCUGUCUAUAAUAGAAGUACUUCGAAAGUUGAUGAUACAAUCCAUCGUGCUCAAAAUGAAGGGCCUUUUCCUUUGACAGGUCAUUACACUCCUCGCGAUUUUGUUCUUUCACUCCAACGGCCUAGAUCUGUUAUAAUCUUGGUCAAAGCUGGCGCUCCUGUUGAUCAAACCAUUGCUGCUUUGUCUGAACAUAUGGAGGCUGGUGAUUGUAUUAUUGAUGGUGGUAAUGAAUGGUAUCAAAAUACUGAGAGAAGGAUUGAUGAAGCUAAUCAAAAGGGUAUUCUUUAUUUAGGUAUGGGUGUCUCUGGUGGUGAAGAAGGUGCUCGUUUUGGUCCUUCUUUAAUGCCUGGCGGCUCUUUCGAAGCUUAUAAUAAUAUUAAAGAUAUUUUGCAAAAAGUAGCUGCUCAAGUUGAAGAUGGUCCUUGUGUUACUUAUAUUGGUGAAGGGGGCUCUGGUAAUUUUGUUAAGAUGGUUCAUAAUGGGAUUGAGUAUGGUGAUAUGCAAUUAAUUUCUGAGGCUUAUGAUGUUUUAAAGAAUGUUGGCGGGUUGUCUAAUGCUGAAUUGGCUGAUAUUUUUACUGAGUGGAAUAAGGGAGAGUUGGAGAGUUUUCUGAUUGAGAUUACAUCUGAUAUAUUUAGGGUUAAGGAUGAGCAUGGAGACGGGGAGUUGGUUGAUAAGAUAUUGGAUAAGACUGGGAUGAAAGGGACUGGGAAAUGGACUGUUCAGCAAGCAGCUGAGCUUUCUGUUGCAGCACCAACAAUUGCUGCUUCUUUGGAUUGCAGGUAUUUAAGUGGAUUGAAGGAGGAGAGAGAAAGCGCAGCCGAGGUUUUGAAGGAGGCUGGAUUAAAGGAGGAAGUGGGGACUGUUAAGAGUGGGAUUGAUAAGAAGAGGUUGAUUGAUGAUGUGAGGCAAGCAUUGUAUGCUUCCAAGAUUUGUAGUUAUGCCCAAGGGAUGAAUUUGUUGAGGGCUAAGAGUGUUGAAAAGCGUUGGAAUUUGAAUUUCGGUGAGUUGGCUAGGAUUUGGAAAGGUGGGUGUAUUAUAAGGGCGGUGUUUUUGGAUAGAAUUAAGAAGGCUUAUCAAAGGAAUCCCAAUUUGGCUAGCUUAGUUGUUGACCCGGAAUUUGCUAGGGAGAUGGUGCAGAGGCAGGCAGCUUGGAGGAGAGUUGUGGGUUUGGCUAUUUCAGCAGGGAUUAGCACACCGGGAAUGUGUGCCAGUCUUGCAUACUUUGAUACUUACAGGCGUGCUAGACUGCCAGCAAAUCUUGUUCAGGCACAAAGGGACUUGUUUGGUGCGCAUACUUAUGAGAGGAUUGAUCGCCCAGGGUCCUUCCACACUGAGUGGACAAAGCUCGCUCGCAAGAGCAAUGCUGGUGUUGGUGCUUUCAACUAAGCUUUUUUUGUCAUGGUUCGGUUGCUUCUUUCUUUCAAUUGGAUGUUAAUGAUGUUUCUAUUUGAAUUAGGUUGUAUGUCUCAUUGAGGAUUCUCUUGCCCGGGCAUAGCAAUUAUUGAUUAGCCUCGCAGUUUUUGCUUUUAAUAAGAAAUUCAUGCCUCUUGAGUUCCAUAA